AUGAAGCUGGACUUAAUACUGCUGACUUGUUUCGUGAUACUCGCAUCUUUUGACAACACUGAGAGUUGGCGACGACGUAGAAGGCGACGUGCCUGUGGUCCCUCUAACUGUCAAGUUAGUGGAUGGAAUGCCUGGGGUGCUUGUUCGGCACCGUGUGGCACGUCCGGUACUCAGACAAGAACACGUUAUGUAACUGUUGGUCAGAGUUGUGGCGGAUCGUGUCCCUACCAUAUGAGUGAAUCCCAAGGCUGUAAUAACCCAGGUUGUAACGGACAUGGUUCUCCACUGACGUCAUCGUGUAGCUGUGUAGAUGAAUGGUGGGAUACGUGUUGUGAUAAACCUUGUACCGCUAUUGCUAACUGUCAGCAGUUACAUUGUACGUCAUCAACGAAUCAAGCAUGUCAUCGAUGUAACUAUGACAGAGGUGGAGAUAUUAUUGCAUAUCAAUUGCUAGAUUACGGUGGAUAUCCAAACAGAAUAUGUGAACAGAGAUGCUCCUGGCGUCCAGAUAGCCAGUUUUGUUAUCCAGGACAAUGUACGACAACGCCCUCAACGUGUUCAUGUGCACCAAACUUCAGUGGAAAUAACUGCCUGCAAAUGAAUACAUCUCCCGUCAUGCAAUACUGCUUAGGAACACUGAUUCAGACGACAGGUGACUACAGAGCAGACGCCGAGUGUGACGAUCACGUGACGGCACCUACAACUGUUUUUACAAAUAUCCAACCAGAUCGUAUCCAGGUUGAGUGGCAUAACAGUUACACAGGUCCUAACGCCGCUGAUUGGCCACAGCAGUUUUAUGUGGAAGAUUUCAAAGUUGGCGUAAUUUCAGCAUCCUAUGAUUGGUGGGUUAUCAGAGGUGGAAAUAAUGUCAAAACUGGGACAGUCACAUGCUCUAUUGGAUACAAUCAAGACAAUCCACACCAAGCCAUGCACGACUGUGACGUCACGGGUGAUAUUGUGUUCACCUUUCAACAUGGGGACAGGUUUUACUUCACAGCAAAGGCUCGCAAUGGUGGUUACAUUACUAUAAGAAAUUAUGAUGCAACCUCUGGUUACACGAUUAAUCCCAAGAAUUACUACACAGGAAUUGAUGUAGCACACACUGCAGACUUUACCCUGGAUUAUCAGCCUCCAGCACAUUGUACAGUUACGGGAAGUUGCUCUGAUAAUAUGCUUGAUAGGGGACCAGCGAUAACUAAAAUUGGUGAUAUAACUGUGCAAUAUAAUGGUUGGCAUGACGACCUUUCUGGUAUACUACGAUAUGAAUAUGAAGUAUACAAGAUGCAAGCUUAUGGUGAUGUAUUGGGAUAUAGGUCAAUAUCACCUGUACUGAGUGGACAAGUAGAUCUACCAGCUACACAGUUUAGUAUCAUAUUAAGUGACCCAGGAGUAUAUUGUGUCAUGCUGACUGUUGAUGACGUAGCUGGUAAUCAUAAUAGAGCCAGGCGAUUCCUAAUAUUUGAUGAUGUCAACGGAGUUAAUACAACAGACCAGUUCCCUAUCUGGGUUGACUCUGCAGCGGAAAAUACAACCCACCUUUGGCAAACUGAUCUUCAAGACCCCAGUAAUACUGGGCCACAGGUAGUAAUGCAAUGGCCAGGACACUUCUAUAACUGGUUCCACAGGGAACAUAAAUUCCUGAAUGCCAUUGAAGAUAAUUCACCUCCAUUGACGUCAGAUUAUGAAGAAGUCACAGGUCAACCUCCAACUACCAGAUCACGUGAGGCAAUACCAAAUAUCAAUGCAAUCGUGCGUUUCGAAGUAAAUUACGGCAUAGACCACCAGGGAGGGCGCACUAUCACUUCUCCUACUGGUAACUGGCAAGACGUCGAUGAUAUUUUGGUGGAGCAACAGGGAUUCGACAUACCACGCAACGAUGGCGAUUCCAUUCAUUUAUGGGUGAGAGCUACAGACGUGAUGGGCAAUACAAACCAGGAUGAUGUACUGAUUCACGUGGAUUCAUCGCCACCAGAAAUCCAUCAUAUAUCGUUAAUGAGACAUGGACAGACACAACUAGCAGUGCACAAUUCUGUUGACCUGUAUGAUAUGAGGGUUGUUUUCCAAACGUAUGACGAUCACAGCGGGUUACAUAACAUACACUGGAAACUAGCAGACAUGGCAGACGGUAACGUGGUUCAUGGUGAAGGUCAAGUUGCUGUCAGAAGACCAAUAGUUGGCAAUACUACAUGUGACCCUCCGAACUGCGGAUGUAUACAAAAAAACAACGAAUGUUACUACAGAGAUUAUGCAAUUGAACUUGAUGCCAAUAAAUUAAAUCUAUCAACUGGAAACCACGACCAUGAUUAUAUAUUCACAAUCACAGUAACAAACAACGCCAUGCUUGUGGAUGUAAAGACCUUCCAGGUUACGGUUGACACAAGUCCGCCACAUGAGGGCACUGUACAUGAUAGCCGGACAGGAGAAACGGACUUGGACUAUCAACAGGACAUUCAAAUAUUCGCAUCCUGGGAUGGAUUUUUUGACAGAGAAAGUGGGAUACUCUUUUAUGUUUACAUCUUUGGCGAAAGUUGUUCAGAAAUGCAAGAUGGUACAUUUGAUAUUCCAAUAACAGAGCCGGCUAUAAACACAACUUCAACGUAUGCAGAAUGGACAGCCCCAGAUAUAGGAACGUAUCAUUGUACUGUAGUUGCAUAUAAUCGAGCAUUAGAACCAUCAAAUCCAGUUUGUUCUGAUGGUAUCACCAUUGAUACUUCACCACCAACACUCAGUGAAAUUGUCAUAGAUGAUGCUAUUAUAAAAGCUGGUGUGAUCAAGGACGGUGAUGGUAACGUGUGGAUGGUGAAUACUACUAGAUAUCGCCACCAAGUAGUUAAUGUUUCAGACGAAUGCAG